AUGGGGGAGUUGAUGAUGGGAACUGCGAGCUUCCUCCAUAUGGGGGAUGUUGUUUCACUGUAUGCAGAAGGACAAGUGAACGGUUUCAUCAGCACGCUGGGCUUGGUGGAUGACCGUGUUGUUGUCAACCCACGAGCAGGAGAUUUAACAUGCCCUCCGAAGAAAUUCCGAGACCCAGCAGGAAACGAAGGUUCAUGGUUUUACAUCAUGCCGUUUUAUAAAUUGAGAUCCACUGGUGAUAAUGUCGUUGUUGGAGACAAAGUCAUAUUGAGUCCCGUGAACGCUGGGCAGCAGACUUUACAUGCAGCUGCAAAUUACGAACUUCCGGAUAAUCCGGGUUGCAAAGAGGUGAACGCUGUGAAUGGAAACACGUGUUGGAAAAUCGCGCUUUUUCUGGAGCACCGAGAGAACUCCGAUGACAUCCUCAAAGGCGGAGACGUGGUUCGAUUGUUCCACGCGGAACAGGAGAAAUUUUUGACCAUGGAUGAGUACCAGAAGGGUCAACACGUCUUCUUGCGAGCCACUGCGAGAGCAACCGCCACGUCCGCCACUUCUUCCAAGGCCCUUUGGGAAAUCGAGGUUGUGCACACCCAACCCUGGCGCGGUGGCGCCGGUCAUUGGAACUCCUUGUUUCGGUUCAAGCAUUUGGCGACGGGAUUGUAUCUUGCUGCCCGAGUCGACGACGACCAGACUCCUGAUGUGAUGAGGGACAAAUUACGAGGUGACAAAGAGGCUUACCAUUUGGUUCCUUUCAACGACGCCCAAGACAGUUCGACUAUUUUCGAACUCGAUCCCACGACGAUAACAAGAAGUGAUUCUCUGGUUCCUCGGUCAGCUUACGUUCGUCUGCAUCACUCGUGUUCUUCAACCUGGGUCCACUCCACGUCCAUUCCUGUGGACAAAGAGGAAGACAAGCCGGUUAUGGCGAAGGUCGGGGCAUGUGGGAUCAAGGAGGAUAAAGAAGCCUUUGCGAUUGUGCCAGUAACGGCACAAGAAGUUCGCGAUUUGGAUUUUGCCAAUGAUUCUUGUAAAGUAUUGUCCGCCAUCGCCGACAAGCUUGUGCAAAAAUCCAUCGCACCGAAUGAUCGAAGGUCGGCGACGCAACUGCUGCAAGAGCUGAUUUAUUUCAUCGGGAAUUGCGAGGGUGAAGCCAACAGGGGAGAAGCCCUGGAUCUUAUCGUCCCGAACCCGAAUCGGGACCGACAAAAGCUUCUGCGAGAACAAGCCAUUCUGAAGCAGAUAUUCCGCAUUUUACAAGCCCCUUUCGACCCCGGUAGUGACGGCAGUGGACCCCUUCUUCGCAUCGAAGACAUUGGCGACGCUCAUCACGCUCCGUUUCGCUACAUGUUCCGUCUUUGCUAUAGAAUCCUACGUCUCAGUCAACAAGACUAUCGCAAGAAUCAAGAAUACAUCGCCAAGCACUUCGGAUUCAUGCAGAAACAGAUUGGAUACGAUAUUUUGGCUGAAGACACGAUCACGGCGUUGUUGCAUAAUAACAGGAAGUUGUUGGAAAAACACAUCACCGCUGCUGAGAUUGAUACUUUCGUUGGGCUCCUGAGGAACAAUGCAGGGAAGGCGUCUGCGAAAAAUCCGGGGAAGAAUUGGGAUUGGCGAUUUUUGGACUAUUUGUCUGAUUUGUGCAUUUCGAACAAUGAGGCCAUCCCUGCGACGCAGGAAUUGAUUUGUAAAAGCGUGUUAUCGGAGCAGAAUGCUGACAUUUUGAUUGAAACUCAAAUUGUGCAAACUCAGCAGGAAGUGGAACUCGAAGUUGAGGGUGAUGGAGGUGACUUGGAACCGAUCUACACUGUUGAAGAGACAGAGGACGUGGUUUUGGUUUGGGAUAAAGGCCGGCGUCCGAGAAGCAUAAUUGAAUUGGCUGUUCAUGCGAACCAAGGAAGAGAGGAGGAUCGUGCAGUGCUUGACUAUUACCGACAUCAACUGGAUCUUUUCUCAAACAUGUGUCUGGAUAGGCAGUAUUUGGCCAUCAACAAGCUUUCACAAUGUUUGGACAUCAAUUUGAUUUUGAAAUGCAUGGCCGAUCAGGAGCUUUCGUUUGAAUUGAGAGCGAGCUUCACUCGGCUUAUGUUACACAUGCACGUCGAUCGAGACCCGCAAGAAACAAUCACUCCUGUCAAAUACGCCAGGUUAUGGUCUGAUAUUCCUACUCGACUCUCAAUCCCGGAGUACGACACGAAUAAACCGGCUGACGAGAACAAGGAUCACGUACAGCAACAUUUUGCGUCCGUCAUCAUGUUCGUUGAGGACUAUUUGUGCAAUGUCGUGUCGAAAAUGUGGGGAUUUUCCGAUGCCGAACAAAACAAACUGACAUUCGAGGUCGUAAAAUUGGCGAGGGAGCUGAUUUAUUUUGGAUUCUAUUCGUUCUCGGAUUUGCUUCGUUUGACGAAAACGUUGUUGAGAGUUUUGGACACGUCUUCGCAUCGCAUCGGAAAACGUGGGAACGAUGGAAAGCCUGCAGAUGCUAAAGGAGGGGUUGCCAAAAGCAUUGAGGAAAUGGGAGCCUUGAUCAGCACUGUGGCUCUUGGGGCGUCUGGAGCUGAAGAAACAGGACGAGGCUAUUUGAGGUCUGGAGGUAGAUCGAGGCCUGGUGAGUUGAGCAUCAGUGUUGGGACCUGUGCUCCGACGACUGCGGGAGCGACUUGUGGCAGUUGCAUCACGUGUGACAAUCUCACUGGCAACAGUCCGUCGAAAAACGAUAUUCUCAUCAUGGAAACCAAAGUCAAGAUUAUUGAGAUUCUUGAAUUCAUUUUGAACGAGAGGCUAGAUUACAGGAUCAGCAGUCUUCUGUCAAUAUUCAAGCGAGAAUUUUCGGAAAGUGAGCGAGAAAAGGAACGUCAGAAUGACGGCGAUGCUCUUCGGGAAACCGGGAAAGACUCAAUAUCGAAAACUGGCGACUUGAAUGAUGAUCCCAUUUCUCAUUCUUCUGGAGACAAAGGGAUCGACCUGGAGAUCAUCGGCGCACAAGCAGAAGGCAUUUUUGGAGAAAACAAAGAAAGUGCAGAAUUGGAUCUUGAUGGCGACGGAGGGCGGAUGUUGCUUCGAGUCCUAUUCCAGCUAAUCAUGCACGAUUAUCCGCCACUCGUCACCGGCGCCCUACAACUGCUCUUCCGCCACUUCAGCCAACGUCACGAAGUCCUCCAAGCGUUUCGCCAAGUACAGCUGCUAGUCUCGGACGCAGACGUCGAGUCCUACAAGCAAAUCAAAGCUGACCUCGAUGAACUGCGUUUGCUGGUUGAAAAAUCGGAAUUGUGGGUGUACAAAGCGAAGGCUGGGGACGAACGCAGUGGAGCGAGUGGUGAUGCUGGUGACGACAAUGCCGACGGUGACGGAGAUGGGCCAGGGAAGAAGAGCAAAGGGGAAUUGGGUUCGGCCAGGAAGCGAACUGCGACGAGGCAACAACCACUGGUCUUGUCAAAACUGGACGGAGAUUUAUCCUCGAAGUCAAAGAAAAGCUUCUCUUCGAGAGCCCCACUGUUGAGUCCUUCAGAUAGGCAAGGUUCAGCGAUUGACUUGGAUUUAGGUCCACCAAUUGACAUCACUCAAUCUCGUAAUUACAAGACUAUCCAACAGAUUUUGAUCAGGAUGCACAAAAUGUGUACUCAAGAAAUGGACACGGGAAUGGGUUCCCCUAUGAAAACCACGUUCAGUUCAAACAUGUCUUCGGGACAGUCCAGUAUCGCCUCCAAUUCCUCUCAUUUCAAAGCCCGACGACACGAACAACGUUUGCUGCGGAACAUGGGCGUUCAUGCUGUUGUACUGGACUUAGACAACGUCAACUUGUGUUCUGAAGUGAGCGAAAGAGUUAUUCAGCAUUUCGUGCACUGCAUUGAAACGCACGGGAGACAUAUUCAGUACCUGAAAUUUUUGCAAACGAUCGUACAAGCGAAUGGACAAUUCAUACGCCGUUGUCAGGACCUGGCCAUGCAAGAAAUGAUCAAUGCUGGUGAAGAUGUCCUGGUAUUCUACAAUGACAAGUCUUCAUUCAAUCAGUUUUUGGAGUUGAUGCGUUCUGAGAGACAUCGGUUAGAUGAAAGCAGUCCAUUACAGUAUCACAUUGAGCUGGUUAAGCUUCUAGCUUUAUGCACCGGCGGGAAGAACGUGUUCACAGAGAUCAAGUGUCAUUCGCUGCUUCCAUUGGAUGACAUUGUGAAUAUGGUUGCUAACAAGGAUUGUAUUCCUGAGGUGAAGGAAGCGUACAUUAAUUUCUUGAAUCAUUGCUACAUCGACACGGAGGUGGAAAUGAAGGAGAUUUACGCUUCUAAUCAAAUUUGGGCGUUGUUCGAGGAUAGCUUU